UUGUUGCACCAAUCUGUCAAAACGUUCAAAACAAACGAAAUCGAAAUCCAGUGUGUUGACGGUGGCUCAUCGCUCAUGUCCUAAAUUCAGCAUAAAUCAACACCAAACAUCAUCUAAAAUGUCCCCCACCGAGCUGCAAAGCUGCCUGACCUGUUUCCGCCACACCGGAGACUAUCUCCGGAUCAACGCCAGCCGGAGCGGCCCAGAAGGCACCGAAGACAUCGGAGCGGUUUUCGAGAAGCACUUUUGGUUUACCCAAGAUGAGUAUCGGGACAAAAUCGUUUGCGCAAGCUGCUGGGAGAAGAUUGAUGAAUUUAACAAAUUCUACUGCGAGGUUGAGAAGGUUUAUCGUCCCAAGCUGAAGGAGGAGUUUGUGGAGGCGACUGGAAUCGACGAGGACCAACCAAUGAUGAUGGCCGAGGACAGCUUGGCGGAUACAUUUUGCAAAACGGAAAUCGAAGAACGGAGCAACGAAGAAAGCAUGUCAGAGUCAAACAGCAUCAAUGGGGAGAAGGAAGACGCCAACGAUAGCGAAAGUUCUGAUUCGGAUUCCGACUCCGAAUCGUCGAUGCCCUUGGCCAAGCGUAAAGCUUCCGUCAAGCGCAAGAAACGUCAACGGGUACGGAAGGACGAUGAAGUUAUGGAAAUUAUGGAAUAUCCAUGCCAUAUCUGCGUACAGUCCAAUGAAACCUCGUUCGGUCCGUUUUCCACCUGGUACCGGAUGAUACUGCACUUUAAGAAAGUUCACCAGGCCACGGGAUAUUAUUUUUGCUGUGGUCGAAAGUUCUACACAAAGAAGGGAUACUUGGGUCACUCUGUAAAUCACGAAAAGAUAGAAAAGAGAAGGUGUGAUGAGUGUGACAUCACGUUCAAGGAUGAUUCCGGACUGGCGAGACACAUGGAGUUGGUUCAUAAGCCAGAGGAAGAGAAGCAGUUCAAAUGUGAGCAAUGUUCGAAGGCGUUCGCGGAAGAGGAAUUAUUGAGUUGCCACAUAAAGUGGCAUCAGCAGGUAGAGACGCGGAACAAUCAUUGCGCCAUUUGCGAUCGUUACUUUGUGGGUCAGGGCAAUCUAGCAAAGCACAAUGCGGCUCAUCACAGCGGUGCAAAUGUAACCAGAGCGGUAGUCCAACCAGCUAUCAAGCUGGAAGCUUCAACUUAUGCCCCACUGCGAAAAACGCCAUCGGCCGAUGAGAUGGCCAAACAGAAUGACCUCAUCAAACAAUUAAUCGUUCUGAACUGUUCGCAAUGCGAUUUCAUUGGCGAAACAUUUGUCGAGCUAGCGCGACAUGCAAGAACCGAACACGACAUGAAAUCCCACCCGAUUACAUGCUGCGAGAAGCGGUUUAAUACGCGGUUGCGUCUUUACGAGCACUGCCUCAUGCACCAGAAUCCGGACUGGUUCAAGUGUGAGUGCGGGAAAACGUUCCGUGACAGUGACGGACUGAAGCACCAUAAGUGGUGGAUCCACACGCCAGUUUCGGAACGGCCCUUCAAGUGCGACGUUUGCGGGGAUGCAUUUAUGAAGGAUUACCAGUUGAAAUCUCACAUGGAUCGUCAUCUGGAUCGGGAACGCAAGAAGUACAGCUGCAAGCAGUGCACCAACGUCUACACCAGCAUGAUCCAGCUCAAAUCGCACCAGCAGCGAAUCCACGGAGCGAUGAGCGAUUGGGUUUGCGACGUAUGCGCCAAGGGAUUCACCCACCGGGCACUGCUCGUGCAACACCGGCUCACUCACACUGAAGAAGGCCUCAAGAGCCUGAAGGUGCAGUGCGAAAAGUGUCUCCGAUGGCUCUGCAGCAAGCGCAGCCUCUAUCGGCACAAGAUGCUGUGCGGCAACAACACGGGUCCGGUCAAGUGUGACCAGUGCGAUCACGUUUCGGUGCAUUCAAUCGCACUGGAGAAGCACGUAAAGAUGAACCAUACCGAUGUCCGGAAGUAUGCGUGCAGCUACUGCGGGAAGGAGUUUAAAAGCAGAUAAGAUUAAAGGAACACGAAGCGAAUCACGCCGGAAUCGUGCUGUACAAGUGCGAGUUUUGCCCGAGAGAGUGCAACUCCAGCUCCAACAUGUACACCCACAAGAAGACGGCCCACCUGAACAGUGGGGAGCCGUUAUGGCGGCGAAGUAUAGCUAUUAGUUUUGAUUGCAAUACAUUUGAUGGGUUUUGAUUGUA